AGCCGAUGUCUCUCCUCUCCUCGUGUGUUGGUGGUCCGACUCCAAUCCCACAACGAGACAAACGAGGAGAAUGGAAGGAAGAGCCGUCCGCGAAAGCAGGCAGCGGGCAGCCACCGCACGGUGAGCACGGCGACCCCGACAAAGCCUGACCGCCGCCCGUUCCGUUCCAGCACGCGCGCGUUUCCCGGUGCAGGGGAUAACUAGCGCCACCACCCAGACCGCACCGCGCGUCACCCAUCGCAUCCACCGGUCGUUCGUCGUCGCCGGACACCUCGCCGCCGGCCGUCGCGCGCGCGUCUAUGGGCGGCUUCGCUAUCCACCCCGCCCAUGGACGCCCCAGCGACAGCCUGCCGUCCGCCGGCACCGGGAGGUCGACGACGUCCUCGUCUGCCUCCUCCCUCGACGACAACGGCGUCCGCGGCCAGCAGGCCCGCACACCGGGCCACACGCUGGAGGAGCCGCCAUCGCGGCGGCGGCACCAGGCGGGCUCGUCGUCCCGGCCGGCCCGGCUGUUCCAGAGGCUGCGGCACGCGCUGCCCCUCCUGACGCUGGCGCCGCGCUGCGGGCGGAUGCCGCAGGUCGGCACGCCCGCCGAGAUCGCGGCGGCGGCCGCGUCGUCGUCCUUCUCCGUCUCCUCGUCCUCCUCGUCGUCCGCGCCGCCCGUGCCCAGGGGCGUGACCUUCUCGGGCGCGUCGCGGCCGUGCCGCCGCGUGACGGGCACGCUCUACGGCCACCGCAGGGGCCGCGUCGUGCUGGCGCUGCAGGAGACGCCGCGGUGCCUGCCGAGCCUCGUCGUCGAGCUGGCGCUGCAGACGCACGCGCUGCUGCGCGAGCUCGGCAACCCCGCGGGCGCGCGCAUCGUCCUCGAAACCGAGCGCCGCGCGGCACUGGAGGCCGCCCCCUCAGCCGCCGCCGCCCGAGACGGAGGAGGCGGGGCGUCGCGGGCUAAUAAUAAGCGCGGAGUCCGCGCGCCGCCGCCGCCGCUGCUGGACGAGCCGUCGUGGACCAUGUUCUGCAACGGCAAGAAGACCGGGUACGCGGUGCGAAGGCAGGCCACGGACGACGACCUCGCUGUGAUGGAGACGCUGCGGGCGGUCUCCAUGGGCGCCGGCGUGCUCCCCGGGAGGGCCGCCCCUUCGUCGGCGCCCGACGCGGCUGCGGCGGCGGCAGCGGACGACGAGGUGCCCUACAUGCGCGGCUGCUUCGACCACUUCGUCGGGUCCCGGGACUCGGAGUCGCUGUACAUGAUCGCGCCGCAGGGCGGCGGCACGGGCCCGGAGCUGGCCGUCUUCUUCGUCAGGCUCUGACCUCCGAUCCGAUCCGCCCCGCGCCUUGCCUCUAGCUAUCUCCUCGCCCCCAUGCAUGCGAAGACGGCCCAAGGGCAUCCAUUAACCGCCACGUACAUAUACAUCGUCAGCAUUCAUUGGAUGGUGCAACCUAAAGAUUGACUAACAAGAAAGAGUUAAGAAUCAAAGAGAGAGUCGCCCAAUCUUUGAUCGUGCAACGACCUCAAGAUUGACUAAUAAGGUCUUCUGGUUAAUUUUUUUUUGGCUGAUUCGUUAUUAGGUUGUUGUAUACGAGGUGUUCUUGGAUUUGUGCCCUAUGCAGCAUUGCACCAUCUAUCAUUAGUCAGACAUUCAUCAGAGUACAUAAGAGAGUAGUCACUGGACGGUGGAACUGUGGUCCAAAAAGUUGUUUACUUCAGAAUGUUUUUUUCCCAUUGUGAGAUAUUCUUUCAGUCUUAUAAUAGUAGUCGUUUUAGCUAUUGUUUUUAAUAUCUAUAUUCAAAUAGAUGAUAA